GUUAUACGUUGAUUGGAACUCUGGUAAGUCAAUCACCUUCCUUUGCUCUGAUUGACUGGCAGUGCAGGCGACAGUUCUGGAGGCUGAAGAACUUGCAGAAGUGGAUGAAGAUAUCGGGAAGUACAAUUGAAAGAGUUAUUUGUGUGAGGAUAUACACUAUUUCCUUCAUAUGAUCUGCACACAAUUAAUAAUGUUAUUUUGAUGCAGAGGAUUACAAAUUGAAUCAUUUAGUACCUUCCCAACUGCAAGAGCAUCUCUGUGCUGUCAUGCCAAAUUCAACACCCGUUCGGGGAGUGUGUGCCUUCUGUCACCAUCAGGAGCAGAACGAGGAGACUGGCCGCUUGCUGAAGACCAGCGAUUAUCGUGUAACAGCCCAUUUUAACUGCAUGAUUUUUUCACCUAAUGUGAUAACGACAAAUUCGCCCAGGUUCGGAGGAUUUGAUAUUCGUUCUGUGAUAAAAGAAGUCAAACGUGGAAAAAGGAUGAGAUGCUGCUUCUGUAAAAAAACUGGAGCAACUAUUGGUUGUGAUGUACAAUGGUGCAGGAAAACGUAUCAUUAUAUGUGUGCAAAGAAAGAUCAAGGUUUAAUUAUUGAAAAUGAAGAAGAAGAACAAUAUUUAAUUUACUGCUCUAGCCAUAAAAAUGUGGCACAAGACACUGCUACAACUUCCUCUGGGGAAGAGUUAAAUAAUUAUCCAGUGGCCGGAGAUAGUGGGAGAGAUUCACCUGAGACUCCUCCUGCUAAACACCAAAUCUGUCAGGAGCUCCUUACAGCUGUUUUGGCUGACCAGCAGAAUACAGACAUGGAGUCCCAUGAAUAUGAGCAGGAGGUUGUGCACUGCCUGUCUGCAAUCUCAGCCUCCCAGCAGAGAACUGAGGCACAUCUCAGGUGCAUAGGUGAUGCCCUGUGGCAAUUGGUUGCUAUAGGUCGCUCAUCUAUACAGACUGAUGUGUCUCAAAGGGAUGCAGUCACACAAACUGAGCUUGUGGGGGACUCACAAUAUUUAACUCUUCCUCAGAAGAAUAGAAAUGGUGAUCCAGGGCCUAGCACCUCUCAGCCUCAAACGCGGCAAUUACGUCGACGGACUGCUGGAUCAUCCAAAAAUGGAAAAAAAGAUUUAAUGUAACAAUAAAAAAAAGUACUUUAAAUACUUAAAAAAUCACUUUAAAGUUCUGCUGAAACAUUCGUAUUGCAAAUUGUUUUUGUUUUUAUAAUAUGGACUAAAAAUGUUGAGCGGCAUUUCUGCUGUGAGGCAAGUAUUUCAGACAGCAAUUCCCCAUAAGUUACCAGGGGCAGCAAUAAGCCGAUCCUGGUAACUUUGAGCCAAAUCUCCUGUUAUUAAACCAGAAAUUCAGCCUCUCUAGUUCAGGCUAUACAUUCCCGUAGGGCACAUUUACCCUGAACUUGUGUCAUUUGUAUACUGAACUGCAAGCUGUGCUAUGCACCUUAUAAUAAUUGCCUCUAGUGCAAUUUAUAGAACGCAGCUCACAUGGGACUACCCACUACCAUUUAUUCUUUGGCGUGCCAAAGAUUGUACAUUCAGUACAUAUAUGAGUAAGGCUCUUUUCAUCCGUGCAGGCCUUUGGCCAACCAUUCAAGGAGAGACAGAGGCUGUUUAGGCAAGGCUAAACUGCAAGCUAAGCCAGACAAAAUAAAUCAAAUACAAAAUAAUACAUUUAUAGUUACAUAGUUAAAUUGGGUUGAAAAAAGACAAAGUCCAUUAAGUUCAACCCCUUCAAAUGAAAACCCAGCAUCCAUACACACACACACACCCCUCUCUACUUUCACAUAAAUUAUAUAUACCCAUACCUAUUCAGCUCAAUAUAUGGAAUAAAUAAUAAAAUAUUAUAGUACAAUGGCCUUUACUCCUCCCAGUUCUUUAUGUAAAAGUUACAGACAUGGUAAUCAGCAUGUUAUUAAUUUUAGUGAUGUCGCCUUUUUGAACAAGUACCUUGUUAAUCUAAGUACUAGUUCCUUGUUGGAGACAGUUUGGGUAGCACUGAUCCUGGUUCUCCUGCAAAAAACUCUUAUGUACCCAACAGCAGAGAAUAAAAAAGCCAGUGAAACAAGGAUAGGUGUCCUUCAGCUUUAAUAGACAACCGUGCUUCAUUCCAAACUAGGUGUGAAACAUACAUGUAUCUAUAUUACCAUUACUCUACUGAUGGAGUACGUGUGCACACAGUUCAUCUGAGCCAGUACAGUUUGUGUGCCUGCUACAAAUACCCAGUGCACCAUCUGAAAUAGUUAGCAUGCCUAGGAAUAAUUAGGCUGUCCAGUUAAAUGGCAUUCCUACAGUCAAAAUUUUGCUAUAAGUCAAGUCAUGACUAAAAGUUUCAUUUGAGUCCAAGUGAAGAGGCAAGAUGAGACUGUGGGCAUGAAUUAAAAUUUUGGGACGUAGCUAUCACGCUGUAUAAUACAUUGGAGAAUAACAUCACUGGUGAUGUUGCCCAUAGUAACACGGUUUCAGUUGAAGUGUCAUGGAGAUGCAUCUUGGAGUAAAAUGAUGUACUUGUGCAAACCCUGUUGCUCUAUACUUAGGGUUGGCUUUGAUUCCUCUAGUUGCAGCCAUGUGUAUUUGCAAGGUGUUGUGCACUGUUCAUUUUAGGGUUCACUGAUUAGAUAUGGUGCAACCAAUCCAAUCAAACACCAUAAAGUAUGCUUCAAUAUCAUCUACAGGGGUUAUAAUCUGUAUGGACAAUUUACCCUCAUACCUGCUGUUGAGGACUCCACAUAAGGUCUUUGCAAGAUCUCCACCAUAUAUUGUGUCUGUAGUUGUACCUGCUGGUUUAUUUGCUACUGCUUCUUUGUGACCAGUUUGUAGACUUCUACCAGCAGCAAACUGGUUUUAAAGGAGAACUAAACCCCCCGUAUAAUAAAACCCACUACCCCGACCCUACAUAGUUCCUGCUCCCGCCCGUACAUGUGAUAACUCCAGUAAUUGCCCCUGUUGGGGUAACCGGCUACUGACGCCCGGGGUCACCUUCACAGCGCGUCCUAUCGACGUCCGGAUACCACACGCAUUAAUCAUCUAAUUCUACUUUCUCGGAAAGAGAAUAUCACAAAACACAAGCCGGGUAAUAAAUAGCUCUCUACAGGUUCAAUAAAGAGGUGCAGGCAAGAAAAUACCUGCUUUUGCUGGCUGGCAGGAGUCGAUUUAGACAACAGGUAUGAACAAUAAUAGCAGGUUUGACACGAGUAAGAAACUAAAAAAAAUAGGUCUCUUCCCGUGUCCCUGAGGUGAUAGGUCUCCGUCCCGUCCUCUAUUGGUCGACCUGUGUCCUUUGUGUCGGCUGAUGAGCAGUCAGAACCUGCAGCCCCACUUUGGGCACCAAAAUUGAUAAGGACACAAACAGUCCUGAGGAUAUCUAUUCCCGUCCUAAUUAGAUUAUGGGUGUACACCAGAAGAACCACACUGACACAAGACAUUGAGUAUAGGAAAAGCUUCUCCCCAUUUUAUCUACCUAUGGGUCUACACAAAAUCCCCCUGUGGGGCUACACCUAUACACAUAUUGUUGAUACGUUUCUCCGUAGACCUUUAGAACCUUUACUUCCCAUGAUGGGAAAAUUUCACAGAAUUACAGUAUAAAUAGGUUGCAAUGAAUCAGGAGCUAGAUAAAGCUGUCUUGAGAUCAGAGGCCCCUAAUCUUUU